GAGCUGCUGAAUGCACUGAGCCUCGUGGUGGAUUUGAAUGAGGUGUGUUGGGGGAAAAAAAAGCCUAAAUGUGUGUGUCAAAUCAAAAGGGAAAAAAAGCUCCUUUUAUAUUUUUAGAUUGCAGAUACAGAUCUACUUUAUGGCAGCAGGCAAACUUAGUAACCCAGGAAGCAGGACAGAAACAAUCCAAGAAGACAAGAAAAUAUUUUUUGCAUGUUACACUUGCGCAUCCCAGAGAAACUUUGGUAGCCAGCAAACUUACUAAUAGGAUAUGAACUCCUUAAAGAACGUGAUGAAGAACCAUCCCUUCUCCAAGGCAGCAACGCUGAACUGAAAAUAUACGUGAUGUGCCAGGCCAAGCUUCCCCUUAAGAGAUCAGAAAUCCCUGUGCCCAGCCCCCUCAACCUGUUCACAUCUCCAUCGGCUGACACCACAUCAAGCCGGAGAUUUUCCAUGGAUGGAGGAGGGAGAGGAGGAAGGAACGAGGGCAUCUUCAAGUUGACGCCAGCCCACAAUGCUACCCAACAAGCAUUUUCAGUUCUCUUAAGUGUAAAAACCAUUGCCAUGGGCCUCACCGACCUCAUAUGCACAACUGUCAUAACACCCUUGGGGAUAAAGAUCUAUCAGUGCUGCCAGGACCGUAUCCGAUUGUUGAAGACCCCAGCACCUGUGAUAUUGUCAAGGCUACACAGUAUGGAAUAAUAGAGCGAUGCAAAGAACUGGUAGAAGCAGGAUAUGAUGUUCGACAGCCAGACAGAGAAAAUGUGACUGUUCUUCACUGGGCGGCGAUAAACAACAGACAGGAGCUGGUUAAAUACUAUAUUUCCAAAGGUGCGAUAGUGGAUCAGCUAGGUGGAGAUCUGAAUUCAACUCCCCUUCACUGGGCCAUUAGACAAGGACACCUGCCUAUGGUCAUGUUAUUGUUGAAAUGUGGAGCGGAUCCCAGUCUUAUUGACGGGGAAGGAUUCAGUAGCAUUCACUUAGCAGUGCUGUUUCAACACAUGCCCAUUGUAGCUUACCUCAUAUCAAAAGGCCAGAACAUAGACACAACAGACUUCAAUGGACAAACACCUUUAAUGUUAUCAGCCCAAAAAGUGAUUGGACCAGAACCCACGAGGUUUCUCUUAAAGUUUAACCCCUCUCUCAAUGCUGUAGACAAUGUUCAAAAGAAUACUGCACUGCACUGGGCAAUAACAUCGGGCAAUACUAGUGCAGUGGAUCUGUUGCUGGAAGCUGGUGCUAGCCUGGACAUAAAAAAUAUCAAGGGAGAGACACCGCUUGACCUUGCUUAUCAAAGUCCAAAUCGCUUCAUGGUUUAUAUGAUAAAAGAGGAAGAAAGAAUGAGAAGCAGAAGAAAUAACAGGUUACUGAAAAUAGUAGAGAAAUAUGAGCUCUUCCUGCUGUUGGCGUCUUCCUUGACGUUUAUGUGGGCCAUAGGAUAUGUGAUGAACUUGAGUUCCGAUUCUUGGCUUUUGAAAGGAAGUCUGCUGCUCUCCCUGCUGUUCGGGAUGGCUCUGUGUGUGAGGCAAUGUGUGGGGCUCAAGAAUUUAAGGUAUAUUCCCACAGCAUUUCUGCUAAGUUCAGUUUUUUGGAUGUCCGUGACCUGGUUUUUCUGGUUGCUGCCUGAUGUAACCAAUAUAAUUCUUCAAAUCACUGUCAUGUUCAGUGUGGUGGGUCUUCUUUAUUGUUUCUAUAAAACUUGGACAACUGAUCCUGGAUACAUUAAGACUUCAGAAAAAGAAAGAAAAGAGAACAUUGUAGCUCUGGCAGAAGCAGGUUGCUUGGACUUCAGAACAUUUUGCACAUCGUGUCUUGUACGGAAGCCUUUGAGAUCUGUGCAUUGCCUUGCUUGUGAUUCAUGUGUGGCCAGAUACGAUCAGCAUUCUCUGUGGAUUGGACAGUGCAUAGGCAUUGGGAACCAUCGUUACUACCUAUUGUUCCUGUCUUUCCUAACUAUGACCGGUGUCUGGCUGCUUUAUGGAACUCUUCUGUAUUGGUCAAACCAUUGUGCAACAAGUUAUUACCAAGAUGGAGCGUGGACAUACUUCAUGCAGAUAACAUACUGUUCUCCAUGGGUUUCCUACAUCUUCGCUGUAAUCUGUUUUCAUACUGCGUGGGCUUCAUUGUGGCUAAUGGUUCAGCUUUAUCAGAUUGCAUUCUUAGGAUUAACCUCUCAUGAAAGAAUGAACCUCCUGAUGCAGAGAAAAUCAUCUAAGCAUCCUGUUUCACUUAGGAGAACUCCAUACAAUCUUGGAUGCUUCCAGAAUCUUGCAGACUUUUUUCAGUGCAGUUGCUUUGGUAUGUUCAAACCCAAUGGAGUUGACUGGACCAAGCAAUACAACCUCUUCCACCUGGCAAAGGAGAAAAAUGUGCAUUCUGUAUGAAGUUUUGCUUAAUUUCUAAAACUCUCGAGCUAAAAGCUAAAUAAAACUGGUUAUUUUGGUAAUUUUUACAAAUCCUUCUGAAGUUGCUUGGUUGUAUUGUUUCAAAUACUAAAUCUAUCUUGCAUAAGCUGCAGCAGGUUUGUAUAUGGAACAAUCUCUAUCUGUCUGUGUAUAUAUAGUUUGAGCUGAAACAAUUUGAAAUUUUGUGUGAUGAAAUGACACUAAGAAUAUAUUUUUCUAAAGGUAAAGUUUUUUUAGGGCAGAGUUUCAAAACCAUGUUGGAACCCUUUGCUUUACUUUGCAGAUAAUAAAAGAAAA